AUGGCUCAUCCCUCCCCGGCGGCGGCGGCGGGCGGAUUCGUGCUGUGGCUGCACGGGUCCGGCGAGACGGGCGAGCGGAGCCGCGCCCAGGUCGCCCCCUACUUCUCCGCCACCCCAGCCCUCCGCCUGUGCUUCCCCACCGCCCCCACCACCCCCAUCACCUGCUACGGUUGUGAGAUCAUGAUCAAUGCUUGGUUCGGCAUCCCGGGAACCCCUAUAACCGCGACCACUGUUAGAGAUGAAAAGGGAGUCCUUAAAGCUGUUGAGCAUGUGCACGAAAUGUUAGACAAGGAAGUGGCCGCCGGGACGAGUCCUGCAGACAUUUUCGUUUGUGGACUAAGCCAAGGAGGUGCUCUAGCCGUAGCAAGUGUAAUGCUGUACCCCAAAACUUUAGGCGGCUGUGCUGUUUUCAGUGGUUCAGUUCCUCUAAGCAAAUCAUUCGCCGAGAGGGUGCCACCUGAAGCUAGAAAGACUCCAGUAUUAUGGUUCCAUGGGAUGGCGGACGGGUUAGUACUGUUUGAAGCGGGGCAAGCCGGGUGCGCAUUUCUCCAAAAGCUUGGCAUGGCCUGCAUAUUCAAGGCUUAUCCAGGUCUUGGACACUCGUUGGUGGAUCAAGAGCUUCAGUAUUUUCGACAAUGGGUACUGGAGCGUCUAGGGAUCUCUCAACGAACUGAAGCUGCAGGACCAUCGUCGUCAUCUUGACCACUGAAAUUUCUAUCAACUGAUCUUCAAAUUUAUGGGUACCAUUUCUAGUUGGUACAUUACUAUAUCAGUGACCUGAA